AUGGGUGCCCUCAAGUAUGUCGAGGAACUUCAGAAGAAGAAGCAGUCCGAUGUGAUGCGCUUCCUCCUCCGAGUGCGCUGCUGGGAGCUUCGUCAAUUGAACGUCAUCCACCGCGCCUCCCGCCCCUCGCGCCCCGAUAAGGCUCGCCGUCUCGGAUACAAGGCCAAGCAGGGUUACGUUGUCUACCGCGUCCGCGUCCGUCGCGGUGGCCGCAAGCGCCCCGUCCCUAAGGGUGCCACCUAUGGCAAGCCCACCAACCAGGGUGUGAACCAGCUCAAGUACCAGCGCUCGCUCAAGGCCACCGCCGAAGAGCGUGACUCCACCUACAAGUACUACGAGGUAAUCCUCGUCGACCCCCAGCACAAGGCGAUCCGCAUCGACCCCCGCAUCAACUGGAUCGUCAACCCCGUCCACAAGCACCGCGAGGCCCGCGGCCUCACCGCCACAGGCAAGAAGUCACGCGGCCUCAACAAGGGCCACCGCUACAACAAGACGCGCGCCGGCCGCAGAAAGACCUGGAAGCGCCACAACACCCUGUCUCUGUGGCGCUACCGAUAA